AUGUUGGAUGAAAAUAAUAUGAGCAGAGAGGAUCGACCAAACAAUAGCUUCCAUUUAGUGAAAGCGAAAAUCACUAACUACUUGAGAGAAGUUGAGGACUCGAGGAAGGGAAAGAGUCAAGCGCUCAACUGCAAAAAGGUAAGCUGGGUAGCAGACAAAAAUAUAUAUACAUGUAAACUCAAUUCUAAAAUGGCAAUAUAGUACGUUUACUAUUUACAAUACGUCACGUUCCAUAAGCUUAAGCGGUGAAGUGAAGAAGAGAAGAUAAUUUGAACAGAAUUUUUCAGUUGAAUAUCAUAUUUUUCAGAUCAGUACCAACAAAUGGCAUUAAUAUUUACUGUUUAAAAAUUGAUUAAAACAAAAGUUUGGAGCAAAGUUACUUUCAGGAUUACAAGGAUGGAAUCAUAUUAAAGUUCGUUGAAAAUACCGUUUAAUCAGGGCUGAGAUUUCGUGAACGUAAGUCAAGAAAAGGAUUUUUAAAACAACCGAAAAACUUACCAAGUUUCGGCUAGUCUUUUGUGGUCCAUUUUUUCAGUCAGGAUGUGGAAAGAUAUGUCCAAAAGAUAGCCGCUCUUUUUCUGUUUUCAACUCGAAAAAAAUUAAAACAAGAACUUUAGCCGCAUUUUAAAAAAUGGCGGACCAACACAUGACCCUUGAUAUUAACACUUGACAUGUCACUCAGACAUGUCAAUCAAUCAUGUCCUCCCCAGGCCCUUGUCUGCAGUUAGCGGACUGAUAUUCAAAGAAAACGUGUUUACUGGUUUAUUUUUUCCCCGUCUUAUUAGGGAAUGAACAGGAUUAACAAAAGCAGCAAGGACCAAGCUGACCUUUUCCCGAUAUCGGCGUCGAAUUUGUCGAAUUCUUCCAUCCAAGAACAAGAAGAGAUCAAACCGGAAAUUAUAAACAACAUCAACUUGGAAGGUAAGUAAAAAAUGGAAGUGGGUCGUGAUGGAAAAGACUACAUUUACAGGCGUUAGGCCUCAGACCUUUCCGGUGGUCUGAUCAACUCACCGUAAUAUAACGCUGUUUUCUCAGACAGCCUGUAUCAUAAAAUUGCGAGAGGCCUGGAGGCAUCUUUAGUAGGCAAGAAUCUCAUUGAUUCGAAGAAAGACUUUAAAAAAGGAUAUUUAUUCAUUUAUUAUUUAUUCGCUACAUCGCUUCUUAGAGCGACUUUUUUAAAACGUAAUGGUUGGUAACGAAACUGGCAGAAUUUGAGCUAAUUAUGUUAUUAUUUGCAAGGGUGUCAGAAGAAUUGAUAUGGGAACUAUACUCGAAUACCGGACUUUCUGAUUACGGCCCCAUUCUGAAUCCCUGCCAACGUAUACUACAAAAUGAAAACAAUAAUGAAACCAGCACGUAUCACUCAUAAAUUACUAUCACCUAUAAGGGGAACGUUUGUCCCAUUUGACCCUCUAGUAUGUAAGUUUACGCCUGUACUUAGCUGGGGAUUCUUGUAUCUAAUUUUUGGCAUCUGCAGAUAAUCUUGAUCAGUACCAUAUGGAAUAUGAGCUCGGUGAAGGUGGAUUUGGCCGAGUCAUUGCUGCAACACGAAAGGCUGAUAACAUGCCGGUAAGAAAUGGAUAAAAAUAGUAGGAUGAGAUAUGUGACAAGAUCACUGAUAAAUUAAAUAAAAGAAGUGUAAAAUAAACCAAAUUUCAAUAAACCUACUAAGUAAUAUAUUUUUGUGUACGUUGAAUUGCACUUUCUUUUAUCUUUUCAGUUAUACAACAGCAACUCUUGUAACAUCUAUUUGUUUACGUCAUUAGAACAACUGUGCAUGUAAUUCUCUGACUUUGGCAUCCCAUUUUAAAGAUAUUAGAUAGAUAUAGAAUGGAUUUUAUUUUCCUGGAGGAUCCUACCUUAAAUUCAAAGCUUAUAACAAAGGAUAUCAAUAAAAUGGUGUGCAGAUACUGCGUGGAUUUACUAUCAAAAAAUACUGAUAUCUGACUCGUCUUUGUUGAAUUUCAGGUGGCCAUUAAAUUUGUCGAUAAACGCUCCGUAAAGGACCUUAAAGAGGUUAGUCCAAAUCAACAAAUUAAAGUCUGACGAAUAUAUCAUUUCUCUCAUUCGUGUGUUAGUAUCACUUUGCAGGCCGGAUUAAAUCAUGCCAAGAGAGAAUAAUGGAACGGGCGAGGAAGGAAGGUAGGGUGUUGGCCGGAAUAUGUGAAUUUUGCUAAAGUUAUUUUUAGAAGUUGUAAUUAAACGGAAGUCAAAUUUCUGGGACGUCGGCACAUUUUAAUCGAUUGAUUGAAGAGUCAUCAAGUCCACACGUGACUGCUUCGAAGUAAUUCUCUUUUUUGAACAACACUGAAAAAAGGUUUGCGGACCCUACCAGAAUCAAACUUCCGAUUAAUUUCAAACCUUUAAUUUGACUAAAAAUAACUCAGCGUGUGAAGUUCACAUAUCCCAGGGCCGGCUAGACUGGGCGUUUCCCUGUCUGUCCCUUUAUUCUCUCUUGAUCAUGUUCGUGUAUUUUAUAGCAAGAAUAGAACAUUUUAGUAUUUACCAAAGCAGUGAAUGGUACUUUUCGCGCGUUUUGAUUGGCUCCCGUAACACAGAAUAUCCUUGGCUAUUCACUGUUUUGCAACAGGAGCCAAGAUGGCGUCUCGCUUCGAGACAUUUUCGGAACACGAAAUUUAGGGCCCGGUUCAGACGCCGAACGUUUCAUGAACCGAACCUAAUACAUUUAAUUAAGUUCACGAACAGUUCGCCGUCCAAAUCAAUUAGGAAUGCCUGUUUCAAUUGGGAACGGCUCAGCCGUUCUUUUCGCCUAGCCCGCCGGGAAUUUCGCCUUUGGAGCGAAUUUGGAACCGCUUUGAUUCAGACGCCGAACCGUUUUUAUGUACCGAACCUAAUGCAUGAGUUAUUAUAACGUAUUUUGUAAGCAGUUUGACCGAAAUGAGCAUUUUCCACCUUUUCAACAUAGUUUAGCUGCAAUUAAGAUCGGCGUCUGAAUCAAUUCAGCCGGUCUAAAUAAUUUGGAUCGGCCUCAAUUCGAAUCAGUAGGUUCAGCUCAUGAAACGUUCGGCGUCUGAACCGGGUCUAAGCGAUAAAUGAAGCAGUCGUACAAACAAAUACUAACAAAGUGACUAGCUUUGGCUUGUUGGUGCUUUCUGGUAGGUAGAAAAUUAUCUUCCUACUGAAUUUGUAACAAAAUCGGAAAAAUGCCCUUGACAAAAUCCCGGAAAUUUUCCUAAAUUGUAAAUAAAGUUCUACUAAGUACCAAAAGUUACUUCUUUCAUUUUUAUCCAACUGAUUUCGUAAAUACUAAAACAACUAGGCCCCUCAGGGUCGGUGAACAGCGCUAGAUAUAUACCUCGACUCUUCUCGUCUCGGUAUAUUUCACCACUAUUCACCUCCCCUUUGGGGAUAGUUGUAUAAUAUUACUCAUGAACUCAUACAAAAUAACGAUAGUGUAAUAAGUGUUUAGAGUCGUCCUAUUCUUAUUAUUCCUUAAAGGUGAAUGGUAAGAAAAUUCCAUCUGAGGUUUAUUGGAUGAUCAAGGUUCAACAUCGUCACGUGAUUAAGAUUUACGAUUUUUUCACAACGGGCAACUAUUACGCUUACGUCAUGGAAAGGCCAGGAAACUGUCAGGAUUUGGGCAGCCUCUUAUUUGAUAAAACAAUGACCGAGAAAGAAGCUCGGCGGUAUUUCAAACAGAUCAUUGAAGCCAACAUCAAAUGCGAAGAAAAUGGAUUUAUUCACCGUGAUCUUAAACCAGAAAAUAUCCUGGUUGAUUUGGAUUCCGAUGAAGUCAAACUAAUCGACUUUGGUCUGGCGUCUGAGAUACAAUAUGAACCUUACAGUGUGUUUAGAGGUACGUUAUGUGUUAGUUACUUAGUCAAUUUGUUUGUUUGUUUGUCUUUUUAGUAUGUGUCAGUGAAAAAGAAGUAACGUGCUUUUAAUUCUAGCUCUUUUUUAAAAAACCUGUUGUUCAAACCAUUUUUUGACUUCAAUGGUUACUGUUUUAAAUGUUUCAGGUACCAGGGUUUAUAUGGCGCCGGAAUAUUUUAGAUUUGGAUGGUAUGAUGGCUGCCAGGCUACUGUCUGGGCUUUGGGAAUGAUCUUAGUAGACAUGCUAUCUCCAUAUAUGGCGUUCAGUAAGCCCGAACAGGCCUAUAACAGGCCAGCCAGAAUCCCACAUCACCUAUCACCAGGUAAUGUCAAUAAAUACAUUUUAUUUACCACGCUUCAGGAACAAUAUUCUAGGGCCAAUAAUAACGUAAUACGCUGUCCAUGACAAAUUUCGUUUAUAAGUGAUAGAACUAUACUUCAGGAAUAGAAAGGAAAAACAAGGGAAUCGAGUUUGUUACUCAAAAAAUAUCUGGCCUGCAAAUAAGACUUGUUAUCAUUCGCUGCAAAUUUUUCUUGCUUUUCAUUGGCCGAGAGCCCAAAUAACUGCCUUCAAAUAAUGGUCUGCUCGUGCGCACUGUCGUCCAUCUUGGUUUGGCUAGGGCUGCAAAUAGCAUUCUGCUCAUGCGCAAAUGAAACUACACUUUUCUCCUUCUUGCGAUAGCUCUUGCAUGAAAAUGGCAGAUCGCUUCGCUUCCCGAAGAUAUUCAUUAAAAAAAAGCUGUGAUCGAAUGAUAAAACAAUUAUUGGACGACAAGGUUGAGCAAAAUAUCGUGAUUAGUCAGUGGCGAGCAGUUCAAUUAUUUGCCGAAGCCGAACCCCUUAGCCUUGAUAAAGUGAUCCACCCCAAAUUCAAAAUCGACACAAAUAGUCUCAACGUAAACGUUCACGUCUGUAAUCAGUACUGCAAUCAGUUUGUAAUCAUACUGCAUAUUUAGAAACCUAGACUGAGGCGUUCUGCUACAUUUGGUAUAUUUUAACGGCUUUUUGUUACACCGCAAUCUUUAUUAAUUACUUUCAUUUCAACAGAGGCCAAGAACUUGAUCAGUUCAUUGCUGAAUGUUGUACCGAUGAAUCGACCAACACUGCGACAAAUUUUGAACCAUCCUUGGUUUACCAUGCAAGGUAGGUACACAAUACUAAGCUUGAAAUGUAUACUGCUUUUGACUUGCAUGAUUGUAACAACUUUGUCUCCUUUGCCCAAGGCGGUGCCUUUAUAAUUUUUGACUCUCUCUACGGUCUCUACGAGCGUGAAGCCCGCACAAAGCAUUGUUUGGAGUUCCUACAAAAUUCCUUUAAAGAAUAGGCAUUCUCGCUGGACUUUUGAUCGUCUUUGUAAAGAUUUAAACUUUUAACAAGGCUCUUGUAUCUUUUAGGUUCACCGGAAAACUUUUCUUCAAACUUCUUUGCGUAAGUUUGCAUGUUAAACACAUAUCGUGUCCUUAUUUGGUAACUGGAUCUCAAGAAAAACUCUUUUGUCUUCACAAAGAAUUCUCUAGCUACUGCGAGCAGCACAAGCAGGCUGGGAUGACUGGUUAUCUGCCAUGAAUCCUCCUUUAUUUUUACAAGCCCAAUCCAUCAGUUGAACCCAUUUAUGUCGCUUCUGAUUUUCUUACUAAGAAGCAGUUGUCGUGAUCAGAAUGCAUAUCGCUUUCCACUAAUUACAAAUAUGAUUUGUUUUCUGAAUUUUAGCAAGGACAAAUACUGUGAUGAAGGAAGUGAACUUUCUUCAGUGACUUUCUGCGGCCUGCGGAGUUAUUCUCUGACAAAACAGGAUGAAAACGACCGAGUUGAAUUGAUUGCCAAACAUUGUUUGCACAGUAAGUGCUUUUCAUUUCCUUAUUCCGUUCUAAUCUCAAGAUCAUGAAAUUCUAGACGAAAAAUAAAAAAUGCUGGGCUGCUCCCAUAAACAUUCACUCAAACUAAGUUUGAAAGCCCUCUGCCUGCAUGAGCGAGGUCUCCUUCAAAAAACUUCAACUUGAACAGAAAACUUUUUGUCAUGUCAUUUCUAUUGAUUCUCAUUUGUGAGCAUGGAACUGUAUAAGAAUGUCAAUUUGAUAAUCAGGUAAUCAUAAGGUUAUUCUAUCAGUAAUGACUUACAGUCGUUGAAGUCAAGUAUACUGAAACUUUUACUCGAUAUGUGCGAACGUUGACGUUGAUGACAUCACCGAUCUUCAAGCUGUCAUGAUCAGAGAACGUAUCAGAGAGAAAUUUCCCAACAACUAUGAUCUUAUCAGUUAAUCUGCUGCCGUUUUCAAACAAUUUCUCAACCAAAUAAAGGUAAUACAGCUUGUAGUUUUUCCGCCCAAACCUUUCUUUGUUGUUAUUCAGGUUCAUCUGUGUCAGGUUCUAGUUCGACCGACAGCACCACAUCCUUUAGUACCAGCUCUUCAAGGUCAGUGCAAAGAGAGAUAAUCGCUUCUCCGUAAUUAAUAAAUCGAGCACCAAUUUAAAAUAGUUCUUGAAAACAAGAAAACGUGUGUUCUUGUAGUUUUUAGCAAGCAAAUGGACUGACUAUCUGAACUGAAGCUUUAAACAUGAUCAUAUUGAUGUCUUUCUAUGUCACAGCCUCAGUCCUAAUCUGAAUCUAAGAAAAAUGCCGGCUUGGAGUCUGAUUUCAUUGUUCUUUUGUUUCAUUUCCUGCUGUUUCCCCAACCAAUAAACGAAAAUGAAAACGAACCCGUGUCCCCACCCCCACGUCAGCGUUUCUCUUGACACCCGACCAUCUUAGCCGAGCGCUGAGCCAUUGGCCUGUUUAGGAAAGGCGGAAUCUGGCAGACUGAAAAGGCUGUUUCAUCGAUUAGACUUCCGUCCAGCAAAUAUAGAAAUCAGUUUUAAUAAGUAAAUCAAUGAAUAACUACAUUUAAAUUAACCAUUGAAUAAAGUAAUAAGAAAGGAUUUAAAGCAAAAUAAAAAACGAAAGAAAAUGUACUUUUUACGAGAAAGGUAUGUCUUUGUUGUUUUCAGAGAUUCUAUUGAAAGCCACUCUUUUAAGUCGUCAAAUUCAUUGGCGGUUAUUACAUCCUUUGAAGUAGAGUCUCACUCGUUUGUGGAUAUACAAAACACAAGCAAGUUAACUCCCAUGAAAGAGGAUAUUCAAGGAACUGAUUGCAACAUUUUUCAACCCUUGACUGUGUUGUGUAUGAUUUGGUAUUGUGGCUAUCAGGCCACUGUUUUGGCUUUGGUAAUGAUCGUAUUGGACAUGGCGUCUCCAUAUAUGACAUUUCGUAAGCCCAAGCUGGUUCAUGAACGGUCCGCAAGAAUCCCUCCGCAACUUCUUUCACCAGGUAAUAGAUACUUUAGAUACUGCAUUAUCUCCGCAACAGUCAGCCUAUAAAUAAGAAAUUUAUUGCACCCCCGAAAAAAAAAUUCGACCCGUUUCGCGCUUGGCUCAGUCGUGUGGUAUGGAAUACUUACGACAGGAAUAUAAUAUGAAAAAAUAGACAAGUGGACUUAGAGCGCAAUCUCCGCAUAAACCUGAACUUUUAUCCAUCUGGAACAUCUCAAAGUCAUAGUACAUCAAUCUCGUUUCCAAAUUUCAGCUGGCGUCUUCCUGCAGGACAAAGUUCAGCAUCAUCACGCAGCGGAACGGUCACCGAACUGCCAGGAUUCAGGUACUGAUAUGACUGAUAAAAAUGCAAUUCAUCAUCACACUAUCGUAAUUCUAUGCACCAUUGUUAAUUAAAAUGGAAUAGUUGGGAAACCCCCUAGGCUCCUUUGUCAUAUGUUUUUGUUAGCUUUUUUGGACUUAACCGUGCACAACUUUCAACAGCAUUCCUAUCAUUUUGAACUUACUGACCAAUAGAAACAUUGCAUUAAUUUAUUCAGCCACAAUUUGUGAACAAGAAACAAAGGAUUAUGUACGGUCAGGAAGCUUCCAACAUAAAACUACGGCACCGUUGUUUCCAUUUGUUUUUGUUUGCCGGCUUUCUUAACUAGUCUCCUCUACUAACUAUGGCUGCGCAGUGUAGUCUAUUAACAGAUUUGAAGUGAGCUUUGUUAAUAAUGGUUAUAAUAGGUAUAUUUUGUAUAUCAAUAAAAUAAGGAAUAUUUUUGUCGUUUUUGUGGAGAGCAUGAAUAUAAAAACAAAAAGGACAGGGUCCCAGCGAUCCGCCAAAUUGUUUCCAAAGUUUUCAAAAUGCUUUGCGUACGUUGUAAUGUCGAAUAACAUGUUAUGAUUUCAUUUUUUUGUUGAGAUUUAAACUCAUUAUGAAAAGUCUGUUCUUUUCUUGUAGGUCCCGUAGAAUGCUCUUCCUCCAAUUUGUCUGAGUAAGUUUUAUGCUGAACACAUUCAUCAUGAACUUAGUGACUGUAUCCGAAAAACGUUCGCAGACUAAUACUGACUAAGUGCCUCGAUCUAACAGGAAAGAUCAAACAUGGGUCCUCAACCAGCCAUGCGCAAGGAGAACACAUGCACUGACACUGAGAGUACAAUAGUCAUUCGCCGUGCGCUCUUUUAAGCCUGCCGCAUCAUUUGAGCCAUUUUAUUAGAUUUAGUCAAGACGGCUAUCUAUUUUUUCAAAUGUUGCCUUUAGAUACAUGUUGCUUACCAUUAAUAAAAUACGAUUUGUUUUCUGAUCUUUAGCAAGGACAACUGUUUGAGCUCACUGGCUCUUACUAAAGAGGAGGAAACUGACCUAGCAGAAUUGAUCGCUGAGGAUUGUUUGUAUGGUAAGUGGUUUUUAUUUUCGUUUCGUUCUAAACCGGAUUCGAAAAGCGUGGAAAACAGCUUGCCGCAAGCAAGCUUCACAUCAACUUUCUAAGAGUCUUCUGGUUGCUUAUCUCCUGAACACUCUUAACAACAUGCCUUCCUUCAAUCAAGGGAAGCAAACGCCAGUCGUUCGGUGUCGCUUGCCUCGCCCAACAAAAAAGUAGCUCUUCCCGAAACAACACCGUAUAACAAAGGAAUAAACCGUCUCCUGAAUUCAUGGGAUGGCGUCCAUAAACGUCAUUAACCCAAUGUCGAGUCAAUAAGUUUUUCGAACUGAGCAUUGGUAAUAAUGAGUUGACAUUUUGUAGUUCAGGGAAAAAAGUGAAAUGACUAUUCGUUACACUAGAAUGAGAAAAUCAAGUUUUUCUUAUAUAAGUGGCGUAUUUAUCCAAUAAUUUUAGGCAUUCCAUGUACCAGAGCUUAUAUGACUGCGCCGACAGAUUUUAGCCGGUAUGAUGGCUGCCAGACCACUGUAUGGGCUUUGGAGAUGAUCCUAGUGGAAAAGCUUUCUCCUUAUGAGGCGUUUAGUGAGCCAGAGCAGGUCCAUAAACGGCCAAACAGAAUCCCGGAAUAUCUUUCUCCAGGUAAUUUCAUAAUCUAUUUUAUUUACCAAUCGCAAGGACUAAAAACCUAUGAGCGAUGUCAUGCUAUGACACUGUCUAGUGUCCACAGCCACUUGGGUUCUUAAAAAGACAAAAGAAGAGAACAAUUAGUUAAGUUUAACUUUGGUGUCAGCGUCCUUGGCGAAUCUUGAAAGAAAAGCUGUUUUAAUAAAGAAUCCUUUUUUGAUUGAAUGGUUUUAGGUGUUUUAACAGACGCGGAUGAAUGGUAUGAUGGCUGCCAGGCAACGGUCUGGGCUUUGGGGAUGAUCGUGGAAAUUCACUCUUCAUAUAUGGUGUUCAGUGAGCUUGAGCAGGCUCGUAAACUGCCUACCAGAAUCCAGAAACAUCUUACUCCAGGUAAUUUUAUAAAUCUCUUUUAUUUACCAGAUGUUAAGACUAAACACUUAUGGGCCAUGUCAUACAAAGACUAUGAAGUACGUCCCCUGUCUACAGCAACUUUUGUCUUAAAAUCAUUAUUUUUGGUUAUUCAGGUUCAUCUACGUGUUUCGAUUCGGAUCUGAAGAUAUCACCCUCCAGCGUAACCUUUUCCAGGUAAGAAAAGAAGUCAGUAGUACGAUAAUAGCAGCAUGCAUGUUUGAUUUACGAAAAAAUCACAGGGCGUCUGUCUUUUUUUCUCCUUAUCCCACCAAAGCUAUUUACGUUUUUCCACGCCAAACGUUUUCAAAGCUCUCAGAGCAGAUAGUCCCUGCUCAGUAAAGGUAUUAUAAUGAAUUGCGCGUUACAAAGCACCUUUAGGUUUGCUCUAGGUCAAUAGGCCGCCGAACGAGACUUUUUUUCUAUACAAGCUACAGAUUUGUAACUGUUAUCUACAGCACUAAAAGUCAUUGAGUACGUUUUGAGAGACAUACGCUCUUGUUAUUUUCAACAGGAACAAAAUAAAGGACCCUGAAAAGCUGUCAGCUCCAGUCAGUGAAACUGUGUUAGAGUAUGAGAAAAGUUUUCAAGUUGAACGCCAGAGGAAAUUUAUCGUCGUUAUUUUUUUCAGUCCUUUGACACGUAUUUUAAUAAAGGUUUUAUCCUCGACUUUUAUUUGUCUGCUUUACUGUCGCAUGCACAUAAACAAAACACACCAAAACUCUCCGUACUCUUCAUUGACAGCACGCACGCAACAGAGA